AUGCGAUUGCAAGUCCUGCUCAUCUUGCCAAUAGCACUUGCCGUACGUGAGUGGGCGGCGAUUGAGGAUGACCUGGAUGAGCCUAAGUUGGAUAAGCUUGGGGCAAUGACCCAGUCAGUGCUCAAAGCUCUCAAUCACGAUGCCCCGGUGCAGAUCACUUUUGACGACGAGCCCUGGGUAAACAUCGCGCCUCGAUUCUCCAUCUGGACGGCCAUUCCCAUGACCCAGAACAAAGGUGAUCUCGUCAUCUCCGGGGGUGUUUACAACAUCGUGAAGCUGCUGGAGUCUCGCGACAUGCCAAUCUCUUGCCCUGUUCUUUGGGCGCAAAACCGCUGGGAAGCCUAUCUCUCCGUCACAAAGGAAGCACAGAAGGGUGGCCAGGUUCUGUUCGGCGCAGUGACCAAGGGAGUUGUGGACAUUGCAGAUAUUGGACACCUGAAAACUGUCUUGGACAAAAUGAUCGGUGUCCCAGGCUUCACGAACCCAGUGCAAGGCUUGAGUGCAGCCCUCAAGCAAGGUGAAGCGCUGGCAUCCCUGAGGUCGGCAGCGUUUGCACCCGCGAGGCCUGGAGAGAACAGUACCUUCGACCAGGUGUCGAAAGCAAUCUACGGUGCGAAGCUGCAGUGGCAAAGGGUGCAGAACACGAAGCGCGUCGUGCGCUUCAUGCUUGGCCCGCAUUACACGGAGUCUGGAGCUUAUGACUUGCAGAUGAGCUGCAUGCAGCCCGACCCGGACCGCAGUGCCUACGUCUACGUCCCGCAUCCUGAUCCCGAUGCCCCUCCAGUACAGCUCAGGACGCCCAUGCUGGCUGGUUUCAUCCUUGCCAUUUCAUAA